AUGCCCACUGCGAUCAAGAACUUUAUUUUACGGUACUGGUGCUUAGGUCGAUUGACUCAUCUCAUGGGGUACUUGAAGGAUGGACCGUACAUCAGUGCGAAAGAGGCCGUUGCAAUUUACACAGCAACUGUUCACGGGCUUGAGAGCCGCAAAUUUGGUUCUAUACCAUUCCCCCCUCUGUCGUACAAGCACGAUACGAAAUUGCUUGUACUUGCACUUGAAAAACUGAAGGAGGCUUACUCAGUCAAGGGUCGUCUUAACCAGUCGCAGCGUGAGGAGCUUGCCCUCAUUGAACAGGCGUAUGACAAUCCGCACGAAUGUCUGUCGCGCAUCAAGCGACUGCUUCUUACACAGCGUGCAUUCAAGGAGGCUGGUAUUGAGUUCUUUGACACGUACGACAAACUCAUUCCGUGCUACGACAUCGAGCCCGUUGAGAAGAUCACCGACGCCUAUCUCGAUCAAUUCCUCUUCUUCGAGGCAGAUAAAAGAGGGUUGUUCCCUGCCUGGAUCAAACCUGCCGACACGGAGCCACCGCCGUUGCUUGUGUACAAGUGGUGCCAAGGCGUUAACAACUUGACAGACAUCUGGGAGACGAGCGAGGGCGAGUGCAACGUGAUGAUGGAGACCGUCUUCUCCAAGGUGUAUGAGAAGAUCGACCUGACCCUGCUGAACCGUCUCCUCCGUCUCAUUCUUGAUCACAACUUGGCAGACUACAUCACCGCGAAGAACAACACAUUCUCUGCCUCCGUCUUCCAGUACUACGGUCUCGUCCUUGAUCUCCUCAUUCUUGGCUUGCAGCGAGCUAGCGAGAUGGCGGGUCCUCCACAGAUGCCUAACAACUUUUUGCAGUAUCGCGACUCGGCAACAGAGACUCCGCCAACCCUGACCCGACCAACAACAACGUCAUCGGGUAUAACAACAAGCGCUGUUGGCCUCGAGAUUGUCGUAUGCGUCUCAUCAAACAUGACUGUUAACCUCGGAAGAGCAGUUUUCUGGAACGUUAAGAACAGCCUGCCGCGCUCACUCACCACCAUCGAGUGGGAGGACACCUUUGUCAGUGUUUACUCGAAGGACAACCCACAGUUGUCGUUCUCGAUGUGCGGGUUCGAGGUCCGUAUCUUGCCCAAGAUUAGGACGACGGGUGGCGAGCAGUUCUCGUUGAAGGACGCUGUGUGGAAUCUCACCAACGAGCAAACCAAAGAGAGAACUGCGCAGGCGUUCCUCCGUGUCUCCGAUGACGGUGUCCAGCAAUUCAAUAAUCGUAUUCGUCAGGUCCUUAUGAGCUCCGGUUCCACCACUUUCUCGAAGAUCGUCAACAAGUGGAACACUGCGUUGAUCGGUUUGAUGACCUACUACCGUGAGGCUGUCAUCCACACAAACGAGCUCUUGGACUCUCUUGUCAAAGCAGAGAACAAGAUUCAAACUCGUGUCAAGAUUGGCUUAAACAGUAAGAUGCCAUCCCGUUUCCCUCCUGUUGUCUUCUACACACCGAAGGAGCUUGGUGGUCUUGGAAUGCUUUCGAUGGUGACGCAUUUCCGUGCUGGUAUGACCCACGAGGAGGACCAGUUGAUUCCGAACUUGUACAGAUAUCUUCAGCCAUGGGAGGCAGAAUUCUUGGAUUCGGCUCGUGUUUGGUCGGAGUACUCCAUGAAGCGGAAGGAGGCCAAUGCCCAGAAUCGGCGCCUCACCCUUGAAGAUCUUGAAGAUAGCUGGGACCGCGGUAUUCCUCGUAUCAACACCCUCUUCCAAAAGGAUCGCCAUACAUUGGCAUAUGACCGAGGUUGGCGUGUGCGUACAGAUUGGAAGCAGUACCAACUGCUGAAACACAACCCCUUCUGGUGGACAUCUCAGCGCCAUGACGGAAAGCUCUGGCAAUUGAACAACUACCGUGUUGAUGUCAUUGCUGCACUAGGCGGUGUUGAGGGUAUCUUGGAGCACACGCUCUUCAAAGGAACUUAUUUCCCUACCUGGGAGGGUCUCUUCUGGGAGAAAGCGUCUGGAAUCGAAGAGUCUAUGCGAUACAAGAAACUUACCAACGCCCAGCGGUCAGGUCUUAACCAGAUCCCUAACCGUCGAUUCACGCUUUGGUGGAGUCCGACCAUCAACCGCGCCAACGUCUAUGUCGGUUUCCAGGUCCAGCUUGAUCUGACGGGUAUUUUCAUGCACGGCAAGAUUCCCACUCUCAAGAUCUCGCUGAUUCAGAUCUUCCGUGCGCACUUGUGGCAGAAGAUUCACGAAAGUGUAGUCAUGGACUUGUGUCAGGUCUUUGAUCUGGAGCUAGAGCCUCUCCAGAUCGAGACAGUACAGAAGGAGACUAUUCACCCUCGUAAGAGUUACAAGAUGAAUUCGUCUUGCGCCGAUAUCUUGCUGUUCUCAGCCUACAAAUGGAAUAUCUCUCGGCCUUCAUUAGUCACAGAUAACAAGGACGUUUUGGAUGGCACGACCAGCAACAAGUAUUGGAUAGAUGUUCAGCUUCGGUGGGGUGACUUCGACACCCAUGAUAUCGAGCGGUAUACUCGUGCCAAGUUCUUGGACUACGCGUCCGACUCCAUGAGUAUCUACCCCUCGCCAACUGGUUUCCCCGGUAUGAAGCCUCUGAUUCAGCAAGCCAUGGCCAAGAUCAUGAAGGCCAAUCCGGCAUGCCACGUCUUGCGCGAGCGUAUUCGCAAAGGUCUCCAGCUGUACUCUUCUGAGCCCACGGAGCCUUAUCUCAACAGCCAGAACUAUUCGGAACUAUUUUCGAACCAGAUCAUUUGGUUCGUCGACGACACUAAUGUGUAUCGUGUCACUAUCCACAAGACGUUCGAAGGUAACUUGACGACCAAACCGAUUAACGGCGCCAUCUUUAUCUUCAACCCAUGUUCUGGACAGUUGUUCCUGAAGAUCAUCCACACCAGUGUCUGGGCUGGCCAAAAGCGUCUCGGUCAACUCGCAAAGUGGAAGACUGCCGAAGAAGUGGCUGCAUUGGUUCGUUCACUGCCUGUUGAAGAACAGCCAAAGCAGGUCAUCGUCACUCGCAAGGGCAUGUUGGACCCUCUCGAGGUUCACUUACUUGAUUUCCCGAACAUCGUCAUCGAGGGAAGUGAGUUACAACUGCCCUUCCAGGUUUGCAUGAAGAUGGAGAAGUUCGGUGACUUGAUCCUACGUGCUACACAACCUCAAAUGGUACUGCUCAGCUUGUACGACGACUGGCUCAAGUCGGUGUCCAGCUACACUGCCUUCUCUCGUCUUAUCCUCCUUCUUCGUGGCUUGCACGUCAACAACGAGAAGGCGAAGAUUAUUUUGCACCCGGACAAGUCGACCAUUACAGAGCCUCACUUCGUCUGGCCCACUCUUACAGAUGAUGAAUGGAUCAAAGUUGAGGUCGCAAUGAAGGAUCUUAUACUGGCAGAUUUCGGCAAGCGGAACAGCGUCAACAUCGCGUCCUUGACUGCGAGUGAAAUUCGCGACAUCAUUCUUGGUCAAGAGAUUGCCGCUCCCUCCGUACAGCGCCAGCAGAUGGCCGAACUUGAGAAGAGUAAUGAGGCGCAGGGUCAAGUCACCGCUGUGCAAACUCAGACCACCAAUGUUCACGGUGAUACGAUUCAGACCGUCACGACAACCAACUACGAACAGCAGGUGUUUAGCAGCAAAUCUGAUUGGCGUGUCCGUGCCAUCUCUGCUACGCAUCUUCCUCUCCAUCUCCAACAUAUCUAUGUCUCCAAUGAUGAUAUCAAGGACGACGCUGCUUCGUACACCCAUGUAUUGCCGAGGAACAUCCUGUGGGCAUUCAUCACUGCAGCAGAUCUUCGCACUCAGGUUGCGGCCUUCCUGUACAGUGUAUCACCAAGCAGUAACAAUAGCGUUGAGCUGCCCAACCAGUUGCCGAGGGACGACUUCCUUCUCAAAGAUCUCGGACCUCCUGGGUGGGUCAAGACGCAAGCGCUUGAACUCAGUCAUCUUUCUCCCACAGACGUCACCAUUCAAGCCAAGCUGAUUGCUGCAUAUACUUCUUCAUCAUCUACUGCAUCUCCGGCACUUGAAAAGCGCGAAGAAUCCGCAGGCACAUCCACACUCCUUUCGCAAAGUCAUUCCAGGCGCAGCAGUCUCCGGUGUCGCUCUCAAUCUAAAGAUCACGCUUCAUUUGUAGAGUCUUCUGAGAUCAAACGUGUCAAGAAACCCAAAGAGAGCUUCUUGGCCACGUUCUUUCGCAAGCUCUUCUGCUGCCUCGGAGCCGAUUCCCGAGCUCAUGACAUCGACGUCGAUGGUGUGGCAAGCGUUGGGUCGGGUCCUACUUUACUGGCUCACAAGACCGCGGACAAUGCUGUGAAGCAAUUUUCUGAAAAAGCACCGGUCGCAUCGGUAGUUCCGGUCGCAUCCUCAGGUCAACCUGCUGUACCUCUUAAGGACUUGCUAGAGACUGCGGGCGCUACCAGUAGGGCCGUACAACUGCCAGGUUCUUCUGUUCCUGGUCAAGUAUUAAAGACCUCUGCAAGUCGCCCGUCCGAACAUGGUAACGAGUCGGAUGAUGUUUCGUUUGAUGAGUUAAGCGAGGAAGAUGAAAUGCUGAUCAGGAAUGGGGGUGCAGGCAUUCCCAUGGGCUCUGUGAGUGGAUCCGUAGUCCAAUAG